CUUGUUCUUCCGGGAAAAUGGCGGCUCCCGCUCGUGCCCCGGAGUCCCCGCCGGCCGCGGAUCCGGCGCUAGCAGCUGGGGCUGCCGAGGAAGCCGAGUGCCCGCCGCCUCGCCAGGCGCAGCCCCCGCAGAAUGUCCUCGCUGCCCCGCGGCUUCGAGCCCCAAGCUCCCGAGGACUUGGGGCAGCGGAGUUUGGCGGAGCUGCGGGAGAUGUUGAAGCGCCAGGAGAGACUUUUGCGCAACGAAAAAUUCAUUUGCAAAUUGCCCGACAAAGGUAAAAAGAUAAUAGACUCUGUUGCCAAACUGAAAGCUGCCCUUGCAGAACGUGAAGAAGUUAGAGGGAAGAGUGAACUGUUUCAUCCUGUUAGUUUAGACCAUAAGCUAAGGCAAAAAGCAGUCGCAGGUGUGGACGUGGACACGGAUAAGGCCCAGAACUCUGACCAGAUCCUUGAUACUUCAUCACUAGUUCCUGGCUGUUCCUCUGUAGAUAACAUCAAGUCAUCUAGAACAACCUCACAACAACAGGGACUUGUAUAUCCUACUCACAGAGGUGAUGCAGAGGCUCCAGAGGUUGAGUACGCAGUGAACAACUGCCCAGCUUCCAGCAGCAGAGCCAGCGCGCCUUCCUCAUCCAAAGCUAGCGAGCGUCUCCCUCAGCAUCGUGUUUCAAGUCAAGCAGAAGAUCAUUCUAGCAGCUCUGACAGCCUGUUUAUUGAUAGGUUACAAAGGAUCACAAUUGCAGACCCAGGUGAACACCACUCUGAAGAAAACACAGGUAGUAACUUGACAGGCCUUCAUAGUGGAACUCAGAAGAAGCCUCCCAUGGAGGCGCUAGGAAUUCGACCCAAAAACCCAGUGCCCCCACCACAUAAAUUUAAAACCAAUGUAUUACCUUCACAACAAAAGGGUUCACCUAGUCAUUGCCAGAGAGGAGGGUCUCCUGUUUCCUCAGAAGAAAGGCGGCGCAGGGAUAAGCAGCAUCUGGAUGACAUCACAGCAGCUCGGCUUCUCCCACUUCAUCAUCUGCCUACGCAGCUGCUCUCCAUAGAAGAAUCUUUGGCACUGCAGAAACAGCAGCAACAGAGUUAUGAGGAGAUGCAAGCCAAGCUCGCAGCACAAAAAUUAGCUGAAAGACUGAAUAUUAAAAUACAGAGCUAUAACCCAGAAGGGGAGACUUCGAGGAAAUACCGAGAAGUGAGGGAUGAAGAUGAUGAUCAGUCCUCUGAUGAUGAAUUCUGAAGAUGGGCAUUGGGAUAAUCCCCUAAAUCUCUGCCUGUUGAGAUGUCAUCGUCAUACAUCAGACUUCUAAGUAUCGAGAUCAGUGUCAGACAUUGUUGAGGGAAAUAGUUUUAUAAAGUUACACAAAGGUAGCUAUAAAAAUAGCCCAGCUUGACCUUCAGAAGAUAACUUUCAUGUGUUUGAAAAGUUUAAUAUUUGAAUAUUGUGUUUAACCACACUGUAUUAAAGUUUUGCACUAUGUUGUGUGUUGGUCUGAUACUUUAGUAUAUAGAAGAGCGCAUUUUUUU